GCCCCGCCCCUCCUCCGGUAGCUUCAGCUUCAGCUGCACCCUGAGCUGCAGGGCGAACAGGUUGAAAGAUGACUAGUUGAGAGCGGCUUUUCGCAGUUUUUAACAAGCAGUCUGAUGAUGGAUGCAGGAUCAUCUCCAGAGAUCAUGGUAAAUACACCCUGUGUUCUGGAGGAAGCAAACUGUGGGAACAGUGUGGACAUUCUUGGGGAUGACCAUCUAAUGACGUUAAAGGCUUUGACUGAAAAAUUAAGACUGGAGACUAGGAGGCCUUCUUAUUUGGAGUGGAAGGCCCGACUGGACGCAGAAAACUUUAAAGAGUCACCGACUGGAAAAUACCGGCUUCAGAAGGAGCACGAAGGGGAACCAGUCACGUACAUUGAGACUGCAGCUGACACAGAAAAAAGUCAGCAAAAGCAGGCCUCGGGUGGGCUGAAGGGGUUUAAAAGCAUCGACGAAGCUCUCGCUUGGCUCAGGAGAGAGCUGACAGAUAUGCGCUCGCAGGACCAGCAGUUGGCUAGACAACUGAUUCGACUCCGGAGUGACAUUAACAUGCUGAAGAUCGAGCAGACGUGUCACCUGCAUCGCCGCAUGCUCAACGACGCCACCCUCAGCCUUGAAGAAAAGGACGAGCUGUCCGACCUGCUGUGCGAGUGCCCCAUCACCCCAGGACUUGGGCUCUCAGCCCCACUGAGACUCAUGGGGGUCACUAAGAUGAACAUUAACGCUAGAAGGUUCUCGCUGUGCUAGCAGGAGCUUUUUGCAACAAAAAACUAAAAGUAAUCAUUGAAAAUCUCUAUGGGACCAAGCUUGUUUUGUGUAACAAGAAAAUACGACAAAAGUUAAAUAAAAAUGUAUAGUGUCAAAGUCCUUGCAAAUGUGUUAAAGCACAGAGAUGUAUAGAAGCGCCUAUUUUUUUGCGUAUUCAAAUAGAAAAAAAAGUAAUAUGCAAUAUGAACCUUAAUAAACUUUAUCUGCU